AUGCAGUCGCCGGAGUCCUCCUCCUCCGCCGCGCCGGUCCUCCUCAACAUCGGUCCGUCCCUUAUUCCUCGCUCCCGUCUGGCCCACGCGGCCGCGAAUUCGAGGCUUAUCACUGCGGGGGCGGUGUUCGUGGACAGGGAUGGGAAGCAUUUCAGGCACAUCCUCAAUUGGCUAAGGGACGGUGCCAUCCCGGCGCUCUCGGAGUCCGAACACCACCAACUCCUGCGAGAGGCGGAGUACUACCAGUUGCUCGGUUUGGCUGAUUACAUUAAUGAGAAAUUGGCUUCCAAAAAGACUGAGAAUUCGUGUGAGGCUGAAUUGACACGCAAAGAUGUGAUCAAGUGCAUUCAAGCCCAGAAAAUCAGAUUUCGUGGCCUGAAUCUAUCCGGCCUUGAUCUAUCUAAACUUGACUUAUCAGAGGUGGACUUCAGUUAUGCGUGCAUCGAGAGAACCAACUUUUCAUGUGCUAAUCUUCAUAAAGCAAAAUUUAGGCUGGUGGAAGCUGCACAUUCUUCAUUUGAACAGGCAAAUUUACAUGAGUGUGAGCUUACUGGAGCAAAUCUUCAAGACGCUGUCCUAGACAGAGCAAACGUUCAAAGCGCAAACCUGCAAGGGCAGUUCUUUGUAACUUACCAUCUUAGGGCAUCUUCAAAGCCACGUAGGACUCCGACACUCCCGGCCCACCCAGAACCCCUCCUGGACCUGCGCCUCCAUCCUCCCAUCUUUCUCUGCAUCCGUUUCCUUUCUUGCAUCCGCCACCGCUUCACCACCCUGAUCUCCCGCCACACCCUUGCUGGAACUCGACGAUUCCGUCUCCCCCUUGCCCCAAAACAAGAAGCAGCUAGAAAGGAUGUUGAGAGGGCAUUUGGAGUUCUGCAAGCACGUUUUGCAGUUGUUCGUGGACCUGCAAAACAAUGGGAUCCGGAGACCUUGUGGGAGGUGAUGACAUGUUGUGUGAUCAUGCACAACAUGAUUGUGGAGGAUGAGGGUGAGGAUGCUGCCAUAGCUCUUGAAUUUGAGAACAUGGGUGAUCCUAUCGAACUUUCGGACCAGAAUCCGGCCACAUUUGAUGAGUUUGUUCAAAUGCAUCAACAAAUUCUUUAUCGAGCAACUCAUGAGCAACUGAAGGAAGAUUUGAUUGAGGAUCUUUGGGAGCUUUGGAUGGCUGGCUCCCGCAUCCUUGUCCGUGGACUGGUCCCCCUGUCCGCGGACGGAUGCGAUGCAUGCUUAACGGGAUGUAGCUUCAUUGAGACAGAUGUCCGUUCAGCCCAUUUACAGAAUGCUAAUCUUACGGGUGCCGAUUUGAAUGGAGCUAACCUUGAAGGGGCCAAUCUCAAGGGGGCUAAGUUGUCGGGUGCAAACUUGCAAGGGGCAAAUCUUCAGCGAGCCUACUUGAGAGAAGUUGAUUUGCGUGAAACUGAUUUGACUGGUGCUAAGCUUGGAGGAGCAAAUCUUCUUGGAGCUAUCAGAUAG